AUGUUUCCCAUGGUAUCAUAUCAUAACGAAUCAAAAUCACAACAUGGUUGGCGCCGAGACAACCAUGGCCAAGCUCCCUCAAACUCUGAGAAUCCACUCUACACAGUCUUCGAAGUAUCUUCCGCAUCAAGUCCGUUCUCAGACACUGAUACUUGCUCUCCUCUGUGCCGUCUGAACGGCAUCUUCCCCACGCUGGCCGCCAAGGAGCCCGCUCUCCUCAUCAACCACCACUGUUUUCGCCGGUGCUGCCGCAUGCUUGCUUGGCUUCGACAGUGCGGACCACAGAGUACUCCCAAUUACGAUCGCCCCACCGAACAAGCUCCACCCGCCCGGCAAGACGCCCCAGAUCGCAAAGUCAAAAGACAACGCAAACAACACCUGCGUAUACAACAUACUCGUCGCCUUGCUACUGCGAUCGAGCUGCAGCCCGGCCGUCAACAGGAACUGCAGGGCGAAGCCAAUCACACCCAGCAGCACCAUUAG